GUCGAUGCCUUGAAUCCCAUUGCCUGCCACAACCCCCAAGUCUACCUGCAGCUCACAAACCACCACCACCACCACCACCACCACCUAAUCACUCAUCAUGCCUCGUCAACGCUCUGGAACCGCUCCUCCUCGUCGCCCGCAGAUCCCAGCCGCGAAGCAAGCAACCACUGCCCCUGCGCCCGCUUCCUCGCGCCCUCACUCUACGGCGGCAGCUCCCUCACGCGCACCAGCCAGCGCUCAUGCGCCCCCCCAACAACAGGCGCAAGCUCCCACGCCGCAGGGACCCGGCUUGUUUGGGCAAAUGGCCAGCACUGCUGCUGGUGUCGCAGUAGGUUCCUCCAUCGGCCACGCAGUCGGAGGCUGGUUCGGAGGCGGUUCAUCUGCCCCCGCUGAAGCUUCGCCUCAAAACACCGAGUUCUCUGCCCAGCACCAGCCCACUGACACUGCAUCCGCCCAAAUGGCGCAGUCCGGUCCUUGCGCAAACGACGUUCAGAGCUUUCGCAAAUGUAUGGAUGAGAACCAAGGUAGUCUGACUAUCUGUGGUUGGUACUUGGACCAGCUCAAGGCGUGUCAAGCGGCGGCUGGCCAAUACUAGUGGAAGGGACACGAUGGCAAUGUACUUGUGCAGCAUAGAUAGCGAAUAUGGCAUAUUUCGUCAUCAAGGUCAAUCUCUAAUAUAGCAUCAUGUGGACA